AUGUUGAGAAGGAUUUCCUCUCUAACUAAAAAUCCUUUCAAACAUGUUGUCCAAGAUCUCAACCUUCCCACCAGUCUUCAGUAUUUUUCAUUAACCGCUCUACAAGAUUCUCGUGUUCUGGAGCUUCCAUACUGCAUAAGAGUCCUUUUAGAAUCUUCUGUUCGAAACUGCGACGAAUUUUCUAUCAAAGGUACAGACGUAGAAAACAUUUUAGACUGGCAAAACAAAAGCAAACUAGACGUAGAAAUUCCUUUUAAGCCAGCCCGCGUUGUUUUACAAGAUUUCACUGGCGUCCCAGCUGUUGUGGAUUUGGCAGCUAUGAGAGAUGCCACAGUAAAACUGGGGAAAAAUCCAGGAUUAAUCAACCCUUUAUGUCCUGUUGAUUUAGUUAUUGAUCACUCAGUACAAGUCGAUGCAAGCAGGACGCCAGAUGCCCUGAGAACCAACGAAGAAAUGGAGUUCAGGAGAAAUCGAGACAGGUUCGAGUUCUUAAAAUGGGGACAAAAUGCGUUUAAAAAUUUACAGAUUGUACCACCUGGGUCAGGAAUUGUGCAUCAGGUUAAUCUGGAGUAUUUGGCGAGAGGAGUUUUUAAUGAAGAUGGCUUGCUUUAUCCGGAUUCGCUUGUUGGGACUGAUAGUCAUACCACAAUGAUUAAUGGGCUGGGGAUUGUAGGCUGGGGUGUAGGAGGAAUUGAAGCAGAAGCAGUUAUGCUUGGCCAGCCAAUAUCGAUGGUGUUGCCACAAGUGAUUGGAUUUAAGCUGACUGGAAAACUGCCUGAAGAAGUUACUUCUACUGAUUUGGUGCUCACUAUAACACAAAUGCUUACUCCUUAUAUAAUAUAUUAAAUUUUAACUUGGAAAAUAAUUUUUUUAACUAAAUUAACAUGGAUACAUAUUUAAUUAAUAAUAAUUCAUCAAAAAAAAUUUUUUUAUAAAUAGCAGGCUUUACUUCUUUGAGAGGAAUUUAGAAAGAAAGGAGUAGUAGGAAAAUUUGUGGAGUUCUUUGGAGAAGGCUGCAGAAAGCUAAGUUUAGCCGACAAAGCAACAGUUGCUAACAUGGCACCUGAAUAUGGAGCUACAAUGGGCUUUUUCCCAGCCGAUGACCAAACUUUGAAGUAUUUAGAACAAACAGGCAGAGACCCAGAAAAAAUCCAAUAUAUCAGUGCAUACUUAAAAGCUCAAGGAUUAUUCAGAGAUUACUCUGGAAUUGAUCCCAAAUAUUCAGACAUCAUGGAACUAGACCUCUCUGAAGUCCAGCCUUGUAUUGCAGGUCCAAAAAGACCUCAAGACAAAAUCUCUCUUUCUCUCGCAAAGCAAAACUUUAAAUCAUGCUUAACAAGCCCUGUAGGAUUUAAAGGCUUUGGGCUAAAAUCUGCUUCAAACCCACAAACCUUAACUUAUAAAGGACAGGAAUAUGCAAUUAAUCAUGGCUCAGUUGUUAUAGCUGCUAUUACGUCUUGCACAAAUACAUCAAAUCCAGACGUUAUGCUUGCUGCAGGAGUUUUAGCUAAAAAUGCUGUUGAAAAAGGGCUUAAAGUGAAGCCUUAUAUUAAAACCAGCUUAUCCCCAGGCUCAGGAGUUGUCAGUAAAUACCUAGAAGCUGCAGGAGUUCUACCAUUUUUGAAUGAACUAGGAUUUUAUCAUGCAGGGUAUGGGUGUAUGACUUGUAUUGGAAAUAGCGGAGAUUUAGAUCCAGAAGUUAUUGAUGCUAUCACAAAAGGAGAUUUAGUUGCUGCAGCUGUUUUGUCAGGAAAUAGAAACUUUGAAGGACGUGUAAAUCCUUUUACAAGGGCUAACUAUUUAGCGUCACCUCCACUUGUAGUGGCAUAUGCCUUGGCAGGAAGAAUGGAUAUCGAUUUUGAAAAAGAACCACUUGGUAAUGUAAAUGGAACUGAUGUUUUCUUAGCUCCCUCAUGAAGAAAAAAUUGUUUUUAUAGAAAAUUUUGUUUUAAUUGGAAAUUUGAAAUUUCUAAUUUAAUUAAUUUAUGUUUAGAAUUAUAAAUUAGUAGAGUAGAUUAGAGGCAGAGUAUUUUAAGUGCUACUUCCCUGAGUAUCAUGCGCUCUAAAAAUGGCCGCUGUGGGAUCAGCACAUGGAAGAUUAUAGAAGCCCGGGCUUAAAUCUCCUGGUUUCUCGAUAGUGCACAUACUUCUGAGUCCCUUUUAAACCGGAGAGACUAGCACUUGAACCCUUGCCUAGCCUGUCUUCUCUCUUCCUCAUGAUUAGCUCCGAAUGAAAAGCCCAUCAAGCUUGAACUUGUUCGGGACAGGCCACGAAGGGGCUUAGGCAGGUAAAAAGGCCUGCCUCUGUCGGACACCCAUUUCUGGGCCUGGGUAUUGCAGGCAAAAAAGAUGCAAAAAACUGCCGCUUCUGGCCAAGUUACUAAUCAGCAGAAUUAGUGUUUUCCUCUCUCUUCGAGGCUAACCCAACCCUUGAGAAUCUUUUGCACUAAAUCCCGCAUCCAGACAUAUAUAAGGAUAUCUCCCACGGGGAGGACGGAUCUCUCGUCACCGGCCAUUUUAUUUUAAUAUAAAAAUUAGUAAAUAAGCAAAAAUAAAUUAAAAUGAUUUUAAAAGCCAUGUAUCUCUAAAACUUUAAGAUAAAAUUACAAUUUUUCCUUAUAUUCUCUCAAUUCUAAAGCACGGAAUAAGAGAUGUCUGGCCUUCCAGAAAAGAAAUGCAAAACCUCACUAACAGUGUAAUCAAGCCACAAAUGUUUAAAGAAAUCUACGGAAGAAUCGCCCAAGGCACAGACAAAUGGAACCAGCUUCAAGCUCCAACUGGAGAAAUGUACAACUGGACUGAAAACACCUACAUCCACAACCCUCCUUAUUUCCAAAGCUUAACUCACGAUCUCCCCUCAAUUCCCGACAUCACCGAUGCAUACUGUCUCCUCAAACUUGGCGAUUCCAUCACAACUGACCACAUUUCUCCAGCUGGCAACAUCGGAAAAACAUCCCCUGCUGCCCGAUUUUUACAAGAAAAAGGGGUUUCUCAAUCAGAUUUCAAUACAUAUGGAGCAAGAAGAGGAAAUGACGAAGUAAUGAAAAGAGGAACCUUUGCCAAUAUUAGACUUAUCAAUCAGCUUGUCGAAAAACCAGGCCCUACCACCGUCCAUUUCCCUACAGAACAAGAAAUGUCAGUAUUUGACGCUAGUGAAGAAUAUAGAAAAAAUAACCAAAAUCUGAUUGUUUUGGCUGGAAAAGAAUACGGCAGCGGGUCUUCAAGGGAUUGGGCUGCUAAAGGAACUUUGCUAUUAGGAAUUAGAGCUGUUAUAGCAGAAAGCUAUGAGAGAAUUCAUAGAUCUAAUUUAAUUGGUAUGGGAGUUUUACCUUUACAAUUUAAAGAAGGCGAAAAUGCGGAGUCUUUGGGUCUGACUGGAAAGGAGAAAUUCACAAUAAAUUUGAAAGGAGGAGAUAUCAAGGUAAAAGAAGAAAUCAGCGUAAAAACUGAUAAAGGGACGGAAUUUCAAGUCGUUGCAAGAAUUGACACUGAUGUAGAGGUCGAGUAUUUCAAAAAUGGAGGAAUUUUGCCGUAUGUGCUGAGGAAGUUGUGCGCUUAA